AUGAUUUCGUCCGCAGGCAGUAUACGAGUGGUAAGUGGAGUGGCGCGUGCCAUUGACCGGCACAGAAAACUUCACGUAAUUUCCUCGUUUUUAUUCAUACGCUUGCAGCUUUUUGGUGUUAUCGCCGUCGUCGUCGUUUUGGCGCACGAUGCCGCUGCCGUGAAGCGUGAGGCCCCCCUGAGCAACAGCUAUUUACCGCCACCGUCUGGGCCUCGAGCACCAGCCUCAAAGUACGGAGCACCACCGCCAAACUCUUAUCUGCCACCCGCUUCUGGACCAGCGCCAUCGUUUAACUCGCAUCCCGGCUCAAGCUAUGCUGCGCCUAGUGCUCCUUCAGGUGGACCCUAUGCCGCACCGGCUGCAAGACCAUCGAAUUCUUAUGGACCGCCACCACAAAGAAAGCAGCCUCCACGUCGGCCCUCAUCUAGCUAUGGCCCUCCAAAAUCGGUUUCAACGAAAUACGGUCCUCCACCUAAGUCGCCGUCGUCGAGCUAUGGUCCGCCAAAAUCAUCGCCACCUUCUCAGAGCUAUGGAGCUCCUGCGCCACCCUCCUCUAAAUAUGGACCCCCCAAGUCUUCACCUUCGUCCAGCUAUGGAGCUCCCGCACCACCAUCUUCCAACUAUGGUCCUCCGAAGUCAUCGCCACCUUCGUCUAGCUAUGGAGCUCCCGCACCACCAUCUUCCAACUACGGUCCGCCGAAGUCAUCGCCACCUUCUUCAAGCUAUGGAGCUCCUGCACCACCAUCUUCCAACUACGGUCCGCCGAAGUCAUCGCCACCUUCUUCAAGCUAUGGAGCUCCAGCACCGCCAUCUUCAAACUAUGGUCCCCCGAAGUCAUCGCCACCUUCUUCAAGCUAUGGAGCUCCCGCACCGCCAUCUUCCAAUUACGGUCCCCCGAAGUCAUCUCCAACUUCUUUUAGCUAUGGAGCCCCCGCACCACCAUCUUCCAACUAUGGGCCACCAAAAUCAGCGCCACCGUCGCAGAGUUAUGGAGCGCCUGCUCCGCCAUCAUCCAACUAUGGACCUCCGAAAUCGGCACCACCGUCUCAGAGCUACGGAGCACCCGCACCACCUUCAUCGAGCUAUGGUGCACCAAAAUCUGCCCCACCAUCUCAGAGCUAUGGAGCUCCCGCACCACCAAAAUCCAGCUAUGGUCCCCCAAAGUCUGCCCCACCAUCUCAGAGCUAUGGAGCCCCUGCACCACCCUCAUCCAGCUACGGGCCUCCAAAGUCCGCACCUCCUUCUCAAAGUUAUGGGGCACCUGCACCUCCUUCAUCCAGCUACGGCGCACCGGCUCAGGCACCAUCUAACUCCUACCUGCCUCCCAAAAGCUCUAGCCGCCCCUCCAAGCCAUCUUCAUCAUACGGGACACCUAGCGCUAACAGCUUUGUGCCAUUACCUUCAGCCCCAUCAACAAACUACGGAGCACCUUCAAAAACGCAAACUCUAGGCAGCAGCGGUUACACUUCUGGACCAGCCGCCUCGUUUGAUUCACCGCCAUCACCAUCUUAUGGUGCUCCAGCAUCAUCUUCUAGCUCUGGUGGUGGUUUCUCUUCAUCAUUCGAGCCAUCCUCCAGUUACGGCGCACCCAGUGCACCACAACCUUCGUCGUCAUAUGGUGCACCUUCGUCCUCAUAUUCUGCGCCUAACUCCAACAGUGGCGGACCCUAUGCAUCAGCACCAUCCAGUUCAUACUCGGCGCCUUCCAGCUCUUACUCAGCGCCUAGCUCCAGUUCAAGCAGCGGUGGUUCUUACGCUUCAGCUCCAUCUAGCUCUUAUAGUGCGCCUAGCCCAAGCGCAAGCAAGGGCGGACCAUAUGCGUCGGCGCCUUCGAGUUCAUAUUCAGCACCCAGCUCCGAUGCCAGCAGUGGUGGUCCUUAUCCUUCAGCACCCUCUAGCUCUUACGGCGCUCCAAGCCCAAGCGACGACGGACCAUAUCCUUCAGCGCCAUCCAGCUCAUACUCAGCUCCAAGUUCAAGUUCAAGCAGCGGUGGUCCUUAUCCUUCAGCGCCAUCCAGCUCAUACUCAGCUCCUAGUUCAAGCUCAAGCAGCGGUGGUCCUUAUCCUUCAGCGCCAUCCAGUUCAUACUCAGCUCCUAGUUCAAGCUCAAGCAGCGGUGGUCCUUAUCCUUCAGCACCGUCCAGUUCUUAUGGAGCUCCCAGCCCUAAUUCAAACAGCGGUGGACCAUACCCUUCAGCGCCAUCCAGCUCGUAUUCUGCUCCAACAUUUAACAGUGGUCCCUACUCGUCUGCACCGUCUGCGCCCCAUUCCGCUCCGGCACCAUCGUCAUCGUACGGAGCUCCCGAUCUAGGUUCCUCUGGUGGCAGCUAUGACAGCUUUUCCUCCGGCCCAGAAUCUUCGUACAGCUCCAGCAGUUCGUUUGCGCCAUCGUCAUCUUCUUCCAGCAGCGCGGGCUAUUCCUCAGGUCCUUCUUCAUCCUAUAAUGCACCAGCACCAGCCCCACCAUCAAGCUCUUACGGCGCUCCUUCUUCGGACUUUGGUUCCUCCAGUGGAGGUUUCCCUACUGGUUAUUCGUCCAGCUAUAGUGCAUCACCUUCGAAUGAUGCCACCAGCGCAGGUGGUUACCCCAGUGCUCCAUCUUCCUCCUAUGGAGCACCUGCUGAAGACUCUGGCUACAAUUAUCCCGCCCCCAACCAAGUGCCCGACACCAUACAGCAAGGCUAUAGCGCUGAUGGCGGCUACAGCUACAAGAAGAAAUAA